AUGAGCUUGGGAAAAGACGAAACCGUCAAGCACUACAUGUACCUGAAUCGCAUGGGACGUGCCAAAGCUGUCAAUUCGUGUGGGGAGGAAUUGGUAGCGCUGUUGUGUCCUCCUCGCACUGUGGAUCGUAAAAAGCGGACCAAACUCAACCGUUGCAACUUGAUCUAUGGCUUGCUACGGGAAGCGCCAGGAAUGUGGGCCAAGUACUACAACUCUGCUGGAAUCUCAAUCUGCAGUACUAGUACGGAUCCGCCCAAAAAGAAAAAGAGCAGCAAGCUGAAAAAGACCAGCGCUGCCGUUCCCACACGAAGCUUGCCUCGGCGCAAGACGAGAUCCAAUACGUAA